AUGAUCAUUAACAGACGCCUCCUCAGCAUAUACAUUAAAGGACGAGGAUACAGUACAAUAGGAAACCCGCCAUUAGAUAAUCUCCUCAUUGAUUUCACUCAUCUCCCGGCAUCGCUACUCAACCUGGUCAGAGCUGGCUUUACACUCAUCCCAGAUUUCAUCAGCGAGGAAGAGCAUCAGGAGCUAAUAAAACAGUGUAAUUCCAAAUUAAGACGCUUAGUAGGAAAAGAUUAUUCUAAUCGACACUUUGAUGGAGUAAUCCAUCAAUACCGAGAAUGCAGCGUCUCAUCAUGGUCACUCCCAACACCCCAAAACGACGGGCAUGAUGAAACACGAGGAAUCUUAGCCCGAGCCCGUCACCACUUUCCACAUAUCACAAACUGGGACAUUCCACAUGUAUUGGAUUUGAAAGCGGGUGGUGAGAGUUACAUUCGUGCGCAUGUUGACAAUAUCCAGGCAUCAGGUAAAAUAGUCGCAGGGAUAUGUCUCAUGAGUCCAGCUACUGUAAUAUUCCGUCACAAGGAUAACCCAGAACAGUUUUUCAAAUGUUUAUUGAAUCCGAGGUGUCUAUACGCUCAAGAAGGGGAUUUGAGGUAUCUUUUUACGCAUGAGAUACCCGAGGGGAAGAUUGUGGAUAAGACAGACGACUCGUAUUUGGAGGGUGCUCCUCAGAGACUGGGACAGAGAAUCAGUAUCAUGUUACGGGAUAGGCCACCAUCACCAUUGUAA